CGGGUCGCAGUCGCCGGCGCGUCUACUCGCGGUGGCCCAGCGCCACGGCCAUGUACCGGCGCCGCGCAGCGCUGGUGGGGACGCGGCUUGUCCGGAGCGGGAGCAGGUCGGCGGGCCGGUUCGAGGGGGCAGCGGGAGUUUCGGCCUCUGGGAUGGGGACCAGCACAUCGUCAUCUUUGGGGAACACAGCAACUACUCCCAUGAAUCAGAUCCAAGAAACCAUUUCUAAUAAUUGCGUGGUGAUUUUCUCCAAAACUUCUUGUUCUUACUGUACGAUGGCAAAAAAACUUUUCCACGACAUGAAUGUAAACUAUAAAGUGGUGGAAUUGGACAUGCUUGAACACGGAAGCCAGUUUCAAGAUGCUCUUCACAAAAUGACCGGUGAAAGAACUGUGCCAAGAGUAUUUGUCAAUGGAACUUUUAUUGGCGGUGCAACUGACACUCACAGGCUUCACAAAGAAGGGAAAUUGCUUCCACUAGUUCACCAGUGUUAUCUAAAAAAAAAGUCAGACGGGGCAGAUUACCAGAUGCUGGGAAGAGAAAAGUCUUCCUCAGAGGUGGGAGGAAGAUGGACUUUAAGAGAAGCGGUGAGCAUCUGCUUUCUGGUCAAGAUGGAUCAGAGAAUCUGGGAUAGUCCCGCAGAAGACAGCUGGUGGCUUUUUUGCCAUUUGCCCUCAAUGAUGCUUCCUACAUGGUCUAUUAAGCUGUCGUUCGACCUUGAUAAAGCAAGAAUUUGGACUAUUUCAUUCUCAUGUGAUAAGUUAUAACUGGAAUGGAACAGUGGAGUCAUUCCUUUAGCCCUUUAUUUUGCAUUAUAUCAUGAUGCAAAAUUCUUGCA